AUGAGGUUGAGCAGGUUGCUGAUCUUCUUUCAAUUAAUUUUAUCAAAUGAUUCUAAAUCAAGUGUUUAUAUAGACAAAGUUGAAUGUGGAGCAUCUCUGAAAACGGUCAGCAAAUUUAAUUGCAAUGUUAAAAAAUUUUCAAGAAUUCCUUUAUUGAAUUUUGGUUACACGUUGACUCGUAAAACUUCUAACUUGAUGGGAUACAAUGUUGUUUUUCGGCAAUCUUCCGGUGACAGUUUUAAUAAGGUUUUAGAACUUAAAAAUAUUGAAGUGUGUAAAAUGAUCAAAGAUGCAUCUUCUCAACCUUUCUUAAAAGACAGUAUUGAUUAUAUCCGAAAAUUUAAUGGAAAUCUAUUUCGAACAUGUGAAAUUGAAGGAGAGAUUUUUUUAACUAAUAUAACUUUCGGAGAAUUAUCAGUUGUAAAAUAUUUUCCAGCAGGCAGUUACAAAACAUUUGUUAAAGUUUUCGAUUCUAAAGAUGCUAACAUAUACAACCUAACUUUGUUUUCAAAAUUAGUUCAUAAAUAA